UUCUAAGCACAGACCCUAGCCAACUGGAGCCUAGUAUGUAGGCGGCAUAGGCCACUGGCAGAGCAGCAAGUGUACCAAGUGGGCUAACCCUAUUCGUCUUGCAUGUGUCUUGACCCCUACCAGGUGCUAUUACAACGUACACCCGCUAACAAAACCUUGGCCGUUUGCGCAACAUCUUGAAGCAAAGGCUCGUCAAGCUACGUACCAUAAUCUUCAGCAGUGCUUGCACAUCACCACCAUCACCAUGUCUGCCGCAGCCCCCUCCCCAGCUGCCUUGGUCGAGUCGGCCAAGAAAGCCGCUGCCAUCCAGGCCGUCGAUGAACACCUGCUCCCGAGCCAUCGCUACAUUGGCAUUGGCUCCGGCAGUACCGUCGUCUACGUGGUGGAAGCCAUCGUGGCCAAGGGAGUCGACUUUUACAAGAACAUGGUCUUCAUUCCCACAGGCAGCCAGUCCAAGGGUCUGAUCCGCACUGCUGGGCUCACCCUGGCAAACCUCGAUGAGAGGCCCGUUGUCAAUGGCAGGCCUGUGCAGCUUGAUGUUUGCUUUGACGGCGCGGAUGAGGUUGACGCUGAGCUCAACCUGAUCAAGGGUGGCGGCGCCUGCCUCUUCCAGGAGAAGCUGGUUGCCAUUGCGGCCAAGACUUUUGUCGCCGUGGCCGACUACCGCAAGCAGUCACCACGACUCUGCACUACAUGGAAGAACAUUCCUAUCGAGGUUCUUCCUCUCUCUGCACCAGAUGUCCUUCUUCGUCUCCAGGCGUUGGGCUCUCCAGCACCCGCUGUCCGCUCGGGUCUCCCCAGCAAGGCUGGUGAGUGCGUCACGGACAAUGGCAUGUGGAUCAUUGAUGCGCCUUUCCCACCGCUGCUGCUGCCCAGCGACCUGACCCCCGAGGUCGAUGGUCUCGGUAAGGGCGGUGUUUGGGAGGUAAGCAAACUUGCCGACGAGUUGCUCCGCACACCCGGCAUCGUCGAGAUUGGUCUUUUCCAUGGCUUCAACGGGACCCAAGCAGUUGGCCUGGGUAGGGAGGGGCAGGCACAGAAGCCGGUUGCGGCCUACUUUGGCACGGCUGACGGUAAGGUCGACGUUCAGCGGGCAUAGUUUAUGUGAUAUGAAUACCAAUUCGUAAACCUUUUUUCCCAGUGUGACCACUGAAGCUGAAGCCCGACUAUAAUCAGCGCAGCCCUCGUCUUGAGGGACACUUCAAGCAGUCGAAGACGUGGUGCGGGAUCUGCACCCUGCGAUGACGUCAAUGCAUGUCCCUCAUCUGCACGCAAUGGCCAGUGCCGGCAUUCGGG